CAACAACCGGCUGUGCAGUUACAUUUUCAGAAAGAGUGAGACUAUUAGCUAUUGAAACGAUGGAGGAGGCAAAGAACAAAGAUAAAAAGAGCCCGGAAAAGACGGAGGAGAAAGACAAACAGCCUGCAGGAAAGGACAAAGAGAAGAAAGAGGAGCAAGAGUUGUCGGAAGAGGAUAAACAGCUUCAGGAAGAGCUGGAGCUCUUGGUAGAGAGAUUGAGUGAGAAGGACACAUCUCUCUACCAUCCUGCACUUGAGGAGUUACGAAGACAGAUCCGUUCCUCGACGACCUCUAUGACCUCUGUGCCUAAACCACUCAAGUUCCUGCGACCUCACUAUGCCAAGCUUAAGGAAAUCUAUGAGGGCAUGGCCCCCGGGGAGAAUAAGCGUUUCUGUGCUGAUGUGGUGUCAGUGCUGGCCAUGACGAUGAGCGGGGAGAGAGAGUGUCUGAAAUAUCGCCUGCUGGGCUCUCAGGAGGAGCUGGCGUCCUGGGGACACGAAUACGUCCGGCACCUGGCAGGGGAGGUGGCGAAGCAGUGGCAGGAGAUGGAGGAGGGUGAUAAGGUGCAGCAGGAGAUGGAGGAGGGUGAUAAGGUGCAGCAGGAGACUCUGUUGAAGCUGGUGAAGGAGAUCGUGCCGUAUAACAUGGCCCACAAUGCUGAACAUGAGGCCUGUGACCUGCUCAUGGAGAUCGAGAGACUGGACAUGCUGGAGGACUACAUCGACGAGAACGCUUAUGCUAAAGUCUGCCUUUACCUCACCAGUUGUGUGAGUUAUGUUCCGGAGCCAGAGAACUCGGCCCUGCUGAAAUGUGCUCUGAAUAUUUUCCGGAAAUUCAACCGUUACCCAGAGGCCCUCAGACUUGCCCUGAUGCUCAACGACGUGGAGCUGGUCGAGAACAUCUUCACCUCCUGCAAAGACAUUGUGGUUCAGAAGGAGAUGGCGUUUAUGCUGGGCAGACACGGUAUGUUCCUGGAGCUGAAUGAAGAUGUGGAGGACUAUGAGGACCUGACCGAGAUCAUGUCCAAUGUCCAACUCAACAGCAACUUCUUGGCCCUCGCCAGAGAGUUGGACAUCAUGGAGCCCAAAGUGCCGGACGACAUUUAUAAAACCCAUCUGGAGAACAACAGGUUUGGGAGCAGUGGUUCUCAGGUAGAUUCAGCGCGUAUGAAUCUGGCCUCCUCAUUUGUAAACGGCUUUGUAAACGCGGCGUUCGGUCAGGACAAACUCCUCACUGAGGAUGGAAACAAGUGGCUGUACAAGAACAAGGACCACGGCAUGCUGAGUGCGGCAGCGUCUCUCGGGAUGAUCUUGCUGUGGGAUGUGGAUGGUGGUUUGACUCAGAUUGAUAAAUAUCUCUACUCGUCUGAAGACUACAUCAAGUCUGGAGCUCUGUUGGCGUGUGGGAUAGUGAACUCUGGUGUGAGAAAUGAGUGUGACCCAGCCCUCGCUCUGCUCUCUGACUACGUCCUUCACAACAGCAACAUCAUGAGAAUCGGAGCCAUCUUUGGACUGGGCCUGGCGUAUGCAGGCUCCAACAGAGAGGACGUCCUGUCACUGCUGCUGCCCGUCAUGGGAGACUCCAAAUCCAGCAUGGAGGUUGUGGGCGUCACAGCUCUGGCCUGUGGGAUGAUUGCCGUGGGGUCGUGUAACGGUGACGUAACGUCUACCAUCGUUCAGACCAUCAUGGAGAAGAGUGAACAGGAGCUGAAAGACACCUACGCUCGCUGGCUCCCCUUAGGCCUUGGACUCAACCACCUGGGUAAAGGCGAGGCCAUUGAGACCACCCUGGCUGCUCUGCAGGUGGUGCCCGAGCCGUUUCGCAGCUUCGCCAACACGCUGGUGGACAUCUGUGCAUACGCCGGCUCUGGGAACGUUCUGAAAGUUCAGCAGUUGCUCCAUAUCUGCAGUGAACACUACGACACUAAAGAGAAAGAGGAUGACAAGGACAAAAAAGAUAAAAAAGACAAAGAAAAAAAAGAGAGCUCAGCAGACAUGGGCUCCCACCAGGGUGUGGCGGUGUUGGGUAUUGCACUUAUUGCUAUGGGAGAGGAGAUUGGGUCUGAAAUGGCUCUCAGGACAUUUGGCCAUCUGCUGAGGUACGGGGAGCCCACUCUGAGACGGGCUGUUCCCUUGGCAUUGGCUCUGAUCUCCGUGUCCAACCCCAGACUGAACAUCCUGGACACGCUCAGUAAAUUCUCCCACGAUGCCGACCCUGAGGUGUCACACAAUUCCAUCUUCGCCAUGGGUAUGGUGGGCAGCGGCACGAACAACGCCCGUCUGGCCGCCAUGUUGAGACAGCUGGCCCAAUACCACGCCAAGGACCCCAACAACCUGUUCAUGGUCCGCUUGGCACAGGGUUUGACUCACCUGGGUAAAGGCACGCUGACUCUGUGUCCAUAUCACAGUGACAGACAGCUGAUGAGUCAGGUCGCUGUCGCCGGACUCCUCACUGUACUUGUUUCCUUCCUGGACGUCAAAAACAUCAUUCUUGGGAAGUCUCACUAUGUAUUAUAUGGGUUGGUAGCGGCCAUGCAGCCUCGAAUGCUCGUCACUUUUGAUGAAGAACUGCGGCCCCUGCCCGUGUCUGUCAGAGUCGGACAGGCUGUGGACGUGGUUGGACAGGCCGGGAAGCCCAAAGCUAUCACAGGUUUUCAGACACACACCACCCCAGUGCUGCUGGCCCACGGAGAGAGAGCCGAGCUGGCCACAGAGGAGUACAUCCCCGUCACACCCAUCCUGGAGGGCUUUGUUAUCCUCCGCAAAAACCCCAACUACGACGCCUAGACACACACACACACACACACACACACAAACAUACAGCAACACACACUUGCAGGGACCUCUAAUGCUCCACGUCCAACAACUAGAGAUUCCUUCUCCUCUCCCUCACUCUUCCUCUUCUUGUUUUUUAUCUUUUUCUUCUCCUUGCCUCUCUCUAUCCCUCUCUCCUUCUCUCUUUGGCUGAGUUUAAUCAGUAGCAGCAGCUGCCCAUCUGUUCCAGUAGAGAACAUUCGUUCACUACCAGUCACAUUGACAAGUCAUUUUCUCCUUCUCUCUCUCUCUCUCUCUCUCUCCCUCUCCCUGUCUUCUUCUUUUGGUUUACUCCUUCUUUCCCCCUUUUGUAAGUAGAGCAUGAAGAAAGAUGUGU